AUGCUGUUGAUAAUCUCAGCAGGAUUUAUUCUGUUCUUCCUCUCUCAUUGCAUGGUGUCAGUGAGCACCAAAGAGGCAGUGGCCUUGGCUAACGCCCACCUUCUCCCCCAAAGAGGCUAUGAGAGACUGAGUAACAUCAAUGAAAAAGACUAUCCAAGGGAUUGUUUUGAGAUUUUUCAGCUCUCCAAAGGAAAUUCCAGAGAUGGUCUUUACAUCAUCCAACCGAAGGAGGACCCAUUUGUUGUCUUUUGUAACAUGCAGGAUGGUGGCUGGACAGUAAUCCAACACAUCACAGCCAAUAGUACUGUCGACUUUGAUAGGACCUGGCACGAUUACAAAUAUGGAUUUGGCUCUGUUCAUGACAACCACUGGUUAGGAAAUGAAUACAUGCAUCAGUUAACUAGCAGCUCUGUGCAAUAUAUGCUUGGAGUUAAACUUGUAAACCUAAAUGCUGAAAUCAAAUGGGGACAGUACGAACCAUUCCUUAUUGAAGAUGAAGAGUCUCAAUACCGAAUCAGGGUUGGUCUAUACAAAGGCAACGCCACUGAUGCCCUGACCCUGGACACAGAAGCUUAUCUCCAUGACAACCAGAAGUUCACCACCAAGGACAGAGAUAAUGACAAUUACUUUCAGAAUUGUGCUAAAUUGGAACUUAAUGGCAUUCCUGGGGGAGGCUGGUGGUACGAUGCCUGUGCUGGAGCAAAUCUAAACCGUAGGAAUGCGAUAUACUGGCAAAAGGAUUGCAACAAGCAACAUAGGUGCAAGUUUGCAUGGAUGAUGAUCAAACCCAUUGACCACAGUCUGUCAUAUUCAACCAAGUCCUGCCUGUGUCAGAAAGUUGAAUUGUAGAUCAGACAUGUGUACUUUGAAAGGGGUAUGGAUUCUUUGUCCGGCAACUGAAGUGAACUCACAGUGACUGAAUAAUCACACUAAGCAAUUAUAAUUGAAAAUUGAAUUUAUGUCUUUGCAAUGGAUUUAUGAUGUCAUAUUGUCUAAGACUAGACUGGGACACAGAGCUACUAAUCACGCCACUGUCAGAAACUGAGUCCUCUACCAGAAGAUUUAAAUAAUUUUAUAGCAUUUUUAGCCAUAAGAGGAGUCAGGUAUGAAAACCAGGAUAUGAUGUCUUGUACAAGAUGUACAUGUAUGCAAUUCAGAAGGCUUUGCUCCAGAAUGUUCCUGGUUGGUCUCCUACAAGUGCACAUCUUCACAUGACUUCUUUCCCCCUUCAUUGACUCUUAUUUUUAUCUCUACUUUUUAAUGAUCCCAUGCACAAUGAAGUAUUCAGCAUAGGCUUUUCUGCCUUCUUUUUAGAGCACCCAGAGCUAAUGGGA